UUUUUUAAAGAAAUUCUCCGUCGACGACUCCUUCAGUUUGUUGAGAACCGGGUGCGAUGACGACUAGCUAGCUAGCGUUAGCCACCCAAUGUUUUCACAAUGCGGAUCUAGCUAGAACAACAGCUGUUUGUUUUUUUUUAGCGUUUCUACGGCGAAUUUACCAAGCAUCCGAUUAGUAUUCGCGUCUAUAAGGGAAGAAAAAAAAAACGGGGCGACUUAUAAUAAAACCGUAACGGGGAAUAGACGCUUAAUUGCGAUUAUUAUGGAGGCGAAGAAGGAGGAGGGCGAAGUGGAGAUCCAGGAGCACGGUCCCGAACAUUGGUUCUCCAAAUGGGAGCGGCAGUGUUUGGCCGAGGCGGAGCAAGAGGAGCCAAGCGAGGACGAGUCGGAGCAAAGUCGGCAGAAACUAUGGCACCUCUUCCAAAAUUCCGCUACUGCGGUCGCACAGCUAUACAAAGGUCCGAAUACUUCGCUAACAACUAGCUAGCAUUUAGCUAACUUGGAUAGCUUUUUUUUAGCUAAUUGGCAGCUAUCAGAUAGACUCGAGUGGCAAGGCAACAAAGGAUAUUAACGCUAGCUAGCUCGCUGUUUUUGUUGGCAACCAUUUUAAAAUCGCAGACCAUACUUGUAGUCUGUUAGAAAUGUAGUUAAUAUGAAAUUAACUAACAUUGGCUAAUAAUAAUUUGUCAUCUUAACCCCUGCUAGCUUGUCGACGUUAACUGUCUGCUAACUUAGCUAGCUAGUUUACGUUCGCUCAUGUCAGGAACUUGCCAGUAACAGUACUGUAGCUAGCUCGGAGCUAACUAAAGAUAGCAUAGCUACAACUUUUUUAAAUCUAUUUUGACCUAUGUACAUCGUUCAAGUGAUUUACAUGUCUUUGUUCAAAAUGUAUUAUGUCGAGUUUCGCCAAUUUGUGUCUCGAGUUAACUAGCGGUCUGGUCGUAACGCCGUUAGCUAAACAAAAUGGCGAAGCGCAGGGAGGAGUUUUUCGGUUGAAAACAACUAUUUGCUAUUAACGACCAAGCCGUUUCUGUUGUCUGACACUCCGUCCGCUUGACACAUUACAACACUUGACUAUUCACCUGGUCUGGCCAAUCCAUUUUAACGAUGAGGUGAAUUUAUAAUAACGCUGACAACGUUACUAGGACAAAAUGGCGAUGGGAUUAUGACUAAUGUUAGCUAUCUGAGAUGCUAUAAAAAAUUGUUAUUUCUAGCUAGCUAACGUUAGUCUACCAGUCAUCACAACGUUCUACAUUGAAAUCUUUAGUAAAACAACCACUAUGCCGUCAUAGCUGUAUUAGUUUUGCCCGUUGUGUCCCAAGCCAGUGUUCAGCUAGCUAGAUAACUGUCGCUGCUUUCUUUGCCAUAGGUUUGGUCUUCGCAUAUAAACACAGUGAAGUCAGUCUCAUGCAGCUCAGUCAGACAAAAUGGCGUUGCUUAGCCAAGCUGAAGCAAGUUGAAGGGUCAAGUAUAGAAAGUUGUCUAUUCAAAGUUACGCUGGCCGGGCAGAGUUGCAGUCUACUUAGAAGAUGAUGUAUGUUAGACACAUAAACAUGGUAUGGUGAAUGUCAUGUUGCGCCGGUUGUAAACAUUUCCUGUUUGUGUUUUCAGACAGAGUUUGUCAACAGCAGGGGCUGUCUCUCUGGGUUCCCUUCCAGAAUGCAGCUACUGCCGUCACCAACCUCUACAAAGGUAACAAAUGCUGAUUUUUAACUUCUUUAUUGUGUGUUUUUGUCUUGGCUGUGUGAGACUGUGUUGUGUGUCUGUGUUUCAUCAGCCUAUGAACUCGCUGCUGCUAAAAUGAUUUCCCGGGGGACACUCAGUGAACUAGAACAUGGUCUACCACCCUAACCUCUCUCUCGCUCUCUGUCUCUGUCUGUCUCUCUGUCUGUCUCUCUGUCUGUCUCUCUGUCUCUCUCACUCUCUCUCUCUCACCCCCUCUCUGUCUCUCUCUCUCUUCCCCUCUCCUCCAUAACUACACCCAUACUCAGUGUUGUAGCUAGAUCACCAGGGUCCUGUUCACUAGGACAUGAAAUGGAAGCAUAAAUGCCGUUGUGGGGAACCUGUCCAAUAGCAAAUGCUUAUUUUUCUUUGUUGUUGCAAGCUGCUUUCUAAGGGUGUGCACUAUUGAAUACAACUAUGUAUGCAUGAGGUGAGGGUAAGGGCUGGGGUUGUUUCUAUUGAGCUCAGUUUCAAAGCUAUUAGUCAUUAUGUGAAUGUGUUGGAGACUAAUGCUACAUGCUAUUAGCACUGUAAGUCAUUAUGUAAAUGCAUGGAGACUAAUGCUACCUGCUAUUAGCACUGUCAGACAUUAUGUAAAUGUAUUGCAGACUAAUGCUACCUGCUAUUAGCGCUGUAAAUCAUUAUGUAUAUGUCUGGAGACUAAUGCUACCUGCUAUUAGCGCUGUAAGUCAUUAUGUAAAUGUUUUGGAGACUAAUGCUACCUGCUAUUAGCACUGUGAGACAUUAUGUAAAUGUUUUGGAGACUAAUGCUACCUGCUAUUAGCGCUGUAAGUCAUUAUCUAAAUGUUUUGGAGACUAAUGCUACCUGCUUUUAACACUAAGACAGUAAGUAAUUAUGUAAAUGUCUUGGAGACUAAUGCUACCAGCCUCUCACCCUCUCUCCCCCCUAACAGAGUUGGUAGAGUCCCACCAACGGAGCUAUGAGCUGGGGAUCCAGCGGGCGUACCAUCCUCUCACCCUCUCUCUCUCCCCCCUAACAGAGUCAGUAGAGUCCCACCAGCGGAGCUAUGAGCUGGGGAUCCAGCGGGCGUACCAGCCUCUCACCCUCUCUCUCUCCCCCCUAACAGAGUCUGUAGAGUCCCACCAGCGGAGCUAUGAGCUGGGGAUCCAGCGGGCGUACCAUCCUCUCACCCUCUCUCUCUCCCCCCUAACAGAGUCAGUAGAGUCCCACCAGCGGAGCUAUGAGCUGGGGAUCCAGCGGGCGUACCAUCCUCUCACCCUCUCUCUCUCCCCCCUAACAGAGUCGGUAGAGUCCCACCAGCGGAGCUAUGAGCUGGGGAUCCAGCGGGCGUACCAGCGCCGUAAUAAAGACGUGCUGGCCUGGGUGAAGAAGAGGAGGAGAAACAUCAGGAGGGAGGACCUCAUCAGCUUUCUGUGUGGCAAGGCCCCGCCCCCGCGCAACCCCCGUCGCGAUGCGCAGACGCCCAAACACGGACACGGACACGCCCUCUCUGUGAUGUCACCCAGCAGGCCGCCGCCCACGGAGAGCGGGUCGUCUGUGGAGGCUGACCUGCAGCCCUUCAGAGAGGCCAUCGCACUGCACGGUGAGAAGGAUACACACACACACACACUGCACAGUGAGAUACGCUCUUUCACUCUUUUUUUUUUUUCUCACUCAGUUUCUCUGGGAGAAUCCCAAUUGCAUUUCCUUCAUUAUUCGCGGCCUCGCCUCCUCGAAACCCAUUGGGUGAGAAGGUCAGAGGUCCUGCCCCUCUGACGUUCUCAUCCAAUGGGUUUUGAGAAGGAGCAAGGAAUCAAGGAAAUAAUAUUUUAUAUAGCGCUUCUAUAAAUAUACAUUUUUAUAUACAGUGAGGGGGAAAAAAGUAUUUGAUCCCCUGCUGAUUUUGUACGUUUGCCCACUGACAAAGAAAUUAUCAGUCUAUAAUUUUAAUGGUAGGUUUAUUUGAACAGUGAGAGACAGAAAAACAACAAAAAAAUCCAGAAAAACGCAUGUCAAAAAUGUUAUAAAUUGAUUUGCAUUUUAAUGAGGGAAAUAAGUAUUUGACCCCCUCUCAAUCAGAAAGAUUUCUGGCUCCCAGGUGUCUUUUUAUACAGGUAACGAGCUGAGAUUAGGAGCACACUCUUAAAGGGAGUGCUCCUAAUCUCAGUUUGUUACCUGUAUAAAAGACACCUGUCCACAGAAGCAAUCAAUCAAUCGGAUUCCAAACUCUCCACCAUGGCCAAGACCAAAGAGCUCUCCAAGGAUGUCAGGGACAAUAUUGUAGACCUACACAAGGCUGGAAUGGGCUACAAGACCAUCGCCAAGCAGCUUGGUGAGAAGGUGACAACAGUUGGUGCGAUUAUUCGCAAAUGGAAGAAACACAAAAGAACUGUCAAUCUCCCUCGGCCUUGGGCUCCAUGCAUGAUCUCACCUCGUGGAGUUGCAAUGUUCAUGAGAACGGUGAGGAAUCAGCCCAGAACUACACGGGAGGAUCUUGUCAAUUAUCUCAAGGCAGCUGGGACCAUAGUCACCAAGAAAACAAUUGGUAACACACUACGCCGUGAAGGACUGAAAUCCUGCAGCGCCCGCAAGGUCCCCCUGCUCAAGAAAGCACAUAUACAGGCCCGUCUGAAGUUUGCCAAUGAACAUCUGAAUGAUUCAGAGGAGAACUGGGUGCAAGUGUUGUGGUCAGAUGAGACCAAAAUUGAGCUCUUUGGCAUCAACUCAACUCGCCAUGUUUGGAGGAGGAGGAAUGCUGCCUAUGACCCCAAGAACACCAUCCCCACCGUCAAACAUGGAGGUGGAAACAUUAUGCUUUGGUGGUGUUUUUCUGCUAAGGGGACAGGACAACUUCACCGCAUCAAAGGGACGAUGGACGGGGCCAUGUACCGUCAAAUCUUGGGUGAGAACCUCCUUCCCUCAGCCAGGGCAUUGAAAAUGGGUCGUGGAUUGGUAUUCCAGCAUGACAAUGACCCAAAACACACGGCCAAGGCAACAAAGGAGUGGCUCAAGAAAAAGCACAUUCAGGUCCUGGAGUGGCCUAGCCAGUCACCAGACCUUCAUCCCAUAGAAUAUCUGUAGAGAGAGCUGAAGGUUCGAGUUGCCAAACGUCAGCCUCGAAACCUUAAUGACUUGGAGAAGAUCUGCAAAGAGGAGUGGGACAAAAUCCCUCCUGAGAUGUGUACAAACCUGGUGGCCAACUACAAGAAACGUCUGACCUCUGUGAUUGCCAACAAGGGUUUUGCCACCAAGUACUAAGUCAUGUUUUGCAGAGGGGUCAAAUACUUAUUUCCCUCAUUUAAAAUGCAAAUCAAUUUCUAACAUUUUUGACAUGUGUUUUUCUGGAUUUUUUUGUUAUUCUGUCUCUCACUGUUCAAAUAAACCUACCAUUAAAAUUAUAGACUGAUAAUGUCUUUGUCAGUGGGCAAACGUACAAAAUCAGCAGGGGAUCAAAUACUUUUUUCCCUCACUGUGUGUAUAUAUAUAUAUAUAUAUAUAUAUAUAUAUAUAACAUACUUCAGGUGAUUGCGGGACUAAACCUGAUAUAAUAAUAUGUAUUUUAUACGCCGCUUUUCAUUACAAAGAGAAUCUCAACGACGCAGUAAAAACAAACAAAACCCAUGUAGAGCGAAAGGCUGGGCAGUAGCUUAAUGUGGAGAUCUGUCAGGUCUUGGUGAUGGUCUUCACCAGCUUCAGAUGAUAAGGUGUUGUUCAGAAAGGCUGGUAGCUUAAUGCCAAUACCAUACUAUAUACAGGGUCAGUUCCAGGGUCAGUUCAAUACCAUACUAUAUACAGGGUCAGUUCAAUACCAUACUAUAUACAGGGUCAGUUCCAGGGUCAGUUCAAUACCAUACUAUAUACAGGGUCAGUUCAAUACCAUACUAUAUACAGGGUCAGUUCAAUACCAUACUAUAUACAGGGUCAGUUCCAAUACCAUACUAUAUACAGGGUCAGUUCCAGGGUCAGUUCCAAUACCAUACUAUAUACAGGGUCAGUUCCAAUACCAUACUAUAUACAGGGUCAGUUCAAUACCAUACUAUAUACAGGGUCAGUUCCAAUACCAUACUAUAUACAGGGUCAGUUCCAGGGUCAGUUCAAUACCAUACUAUAUACAGGGUCAGUUCCAGGGUCAGUUCAAUACCAUACUAUAUACAGUGUCAGUUCAAUACCAUACUAUAUACAGGGUCAGUUCAAUACCAUACUAUAUACAGGGUCAGUUACAGGGUCAGUUCCAAUACCAUACUAUAUACAGGGUCAGUUCAAUACCAUACUAUAUACAGGGUCAGUUCCAAUACCAUACUAUAUACAGGGUCAGUUCAAUACCAUACUAUAUACAGGGUCAGUUCAAUACCAUACUAUAUACAGUGUCAGUUCAAUACCAUACUAUAUACAGGGUCAGUUCCAAUACCAUACUAUAUACAGGGUCAGUUCAAUACCAUACUAUAUACAGGGUCAGUUCAAUACCAUACUAUAUACAGGGUCAGUUCCAAUACCAUACUAUAUACAGGGUCAGUUCCAGGGUCAGUUCCAAUACCAUACUAUAUACAGGGUCAGUUCCAAUACCAUACUAUAUACAGGGUCAGUUCCAAUACCAUACUAUAUACAGGGUCAGUUCCAAUACCAUACUAUAUACAGGGUCAGUUCAAUACCAACUAUAUACAGGGUCAGUUCAAUACCAUACUAUAUACAGGGUCAGUUCCAGGGUCAGUUCAAUACCAUACUAUAUACAGGGUCAGUUCCAGGGUCAGUUCAAUACCAUACUAUAUACAGGGUCAGUUCCAAUACCAUACUAUAUACAGGGUCAGUCCAAUACCAUACUAUAUACAGGGUCAGUCCAAUACCAUACUAUAUACAGGGUCAGUCCAAUACCAUACUAUAUACAGGGUCAGUUCAAUACCAUACUAUAUACAGGGUCAGUUCCAGGGUCAGUUCAAUACCAUACUAUAUAACAGGGUCAGUCCAAUACCAUACUAUAACCAGGGUCAGUUCAAUACCAUACUAUAUACAGGGUCAGUUCAAUACCAUACUAUAUACAGGGUCAGUUCAAUACCAUACUAUAUACAGGGUCAGUUCAAUACCAUACUAUAUACAGGGUCAGUUCCAGGGUCAGUUCAAUACCAUACUAUAUACAGGUUGUCAGUUCAAUACCAUACUAUAUACAGGGUCAGUUCCAAUACCAUACUAUAUACAGGGUCAGUUCCAAUACCAUACUAUAUACAGGGUCAGUUCCAAUACCAUAUUAACAAUGUGCAGGGAUACUGGAGUGAUGGAGGUAGAUGUAUGUAUGUAUGUAUGUAUAUAUAUAUAUAUAUAUAUAGGGGUCAGGUGACUAGGAUAUAUGAUAAAAUGAGUAACAGCAGCAUAAAUUAUGAUUCUAUGUGCGUGCUUGUGUGUAGAGUCUUGCCAUUAGUCCAGCUAACUGCCAAGCCAAACAAACUGACUUGCCAUUAGUCCAGCUAACUGCCAAGCCAAACUGACUUGCCAUUAGUCCAGCUAACUGCCAAGCCAAACUGACUUGCCAUUAGUCCAGCUAACUGCCAAGCCAAACAAACUGACUUGCCAUUAGUUCAGCAACUCCAUGGGUCAAAACCACCAGAUAUUGUAGCUCAGAAACAACCCAUGUAGAGCGAAAGGCUGGGCAGGAGCUUAAUGUGGAGAUCUGUCAGGUCUUGGUGAUGGUCUUCACCAGCUUCAGAUGAUAAGGUGUUGUUCAGAAAGGCUGGUAGCUUAAUGCCAAUACCAUACUAUAUACAGGGUCAGUUCCAAUACCAUAUUAACAAUGUGCAGGGAUACUGGAGUGAUGGAGGUAGAUGUAUGUAUGUAUGUAUGUAUGUACAGUGGGGGAAAAAAGUAUUUAGUCAGCCACCAAUUGUGCAAGUUCUCCCACUUAAAAAGAUGAGAGAGGCCUGUAAUUUUCAUCAUAGGUACACGUCAACUAUGACAGACAAAUUGAGAAAACAAAUUCCAGAAAAUCACAUUGUAGGAUUUUUAAUGAAUUUAUUUGCAAAUUAUGGUGGAAAAUAAGUAUUUGGUCACCUACAAACAAGCAAGAUUUCUGGCUCUCACAGACCUGUAACUUCUUCUUUAAGAGGCUCUUCUGUCCUCCACUUGUUACCUGUAUUAAUGGCACCUGUUUGAACUUGUUAUCAGUAUAAAAGACACCUGUCCACAACCUCAAACGGUCACACUCCAAACUCCACUAUGGCCAAGACCAAAGAGCUGUCAAAGGACACCAGAAACAAAAUUGUAGACCUGCACCGGGCUGGGAAGACUGAAUCUGCAAUAGGUAAGCAGCUUGGUUUGAAGAAAUCAACUGUGGGAGCAAAUAUUAGGAAAUGGAAGACAUACAAGACCACUGAUAAUCUCCCUCGAUCUGGGGCUCCACGCAAGAUCUCACCCCGUGGGGUCAAAAUGAUCACAAGAACGGUGAGCAAAAAUCCCAGAACCACAUGGGGGGACCUAGUGAAUGACCUGCAGAGAGCUGGGACCAAAGUAACAAAGCCUACCAUCAGUAACACACUACGCCGCCAGUGACUCAAAUCAUGCAGUGCCAGACGUGUCCCCCUGCUUAAGCCAGUACAUGUCCAGGCCCGUCUGAAGUUUUCUAGAGUGCAUUUGGAUGAUCCAGAAGAGGAUUGGGAGAAUGUCAUACGAAACCAAAAUAGAACUUUUUGGUAAAAACUCUACUUGUCGUGUUUGGAGGACAAAGAAUGCUGAGUUGCAUCCAAAGAACACCAUACCUACUGUGAAGCAUGGGGGUGGAAACAUCAUGCUUUGGGGCUGUUUUUCUGCAAAGGGACCAGGACGACUGAUUCGUGUAAAGGAAAGAAUGAAUGGGGCCAUGUAUCGUGAGAUUUUGAGUGAAAACCUCCUUCCAUCAGCAAGGGCAUUGAAGAUGAAACGUGGCUGGGUCUUUCAGCAUGACAAUGAUCCCAAACACACCGCCCGGGCAACGAAGGAGUGGCUUCGUAAGAAGCAUUUCAAGGUCCUGGAGUGGCCUAGCCAGUCUCCAGAUCUCAACCCCAUAGAAAAUCUUUGGAGGGAGUUGAAAGUCCGUGUUGCCCAGCGACAGCCCCAAAACAUCACUGCUCUAGAGGAGAUCUGCAUGGAGGAAUGGGCCAAAAUACCAGCAACAGUGUAUGAAAACCUUGUGAAGACAUACAGAAAACAUUUGACCUGUGUCAUUGCCAACAAAGGGUAUAUAACAAAGUAUUGAGAAACUUUUGUUAUUGACCAAAUACUUAUUUUCCACCAUAAUUUGCAAAUAAAUUCAUAAAAAAUCCUACAAAGUGAUUUUCUGGAUUUUUUUUUCUCAUUUUGUCUGUCAUAGUUGACGUGUACCUAUGAUGAAAUUUACAGGCCUCUCAUCUUUUUAAGUGGGAGAACUUGCACAAUUGGUGGCUGACUAAAUACUUUUUUGCCCCACUGUAUGUAUGUGUGUGUAUAUAUAUAUAUAUAUAUAGGUCAGGUGACUAGGAUAUAUGAUAAAAUGAGUAACAGCAGCAUAAAUUAUGAUUCUAUGUGCGUGCUUGUGUGUAGAGUCUUGCCAUUAGUCCAGCUAACUGCCAAGCCAAACAAACUGACUUGCCAUUAGUUCAGCUAACUACCUAGCCAAGCUGACUUGCCAUUAGUUCAGCAACUCCAUGGGUCAAAACCACCAGAUAUUGUAGCUCAGAAACACUAAAGAAGUCUCCCCCCCAAAAAAAACGUAAAAUAAAAAUACUUAAAACAAUGUACAGGAGCUCUCUGCCUUCUUCACGGCGCCAUGGCAACCACGGAACUGAUUAAUUAAAUGCAAUUGGGAUUCUCCCCCCCUAUCUCACCCAGCUCUCCCUCUAAUCUUUCAGUCUCUGGGUAGAUGUGUAUAGACACUGCUUGAUUUUUACUGACACCUGUGUUGUAAUUCUCCUCCAGGCCUGAGUAUGUCUCUAAAACCUGUAUAAUAAUAAUAUUAUUAUUAAUAUUGUUGUAAUUCCCCUCCAGGCCUGAGUGGGGCGAUGGCCAGUAUAUCCGUGCGUUCCGGUGCCCCCGGCUCCCCGACGCACCUAACACGCGACAGCCCCGUCGCUCCGCAGCUGGGUCGUAACCGUAGGAACGGUCUCCACGACGUCGACCUGAACACCUUCAUCGCCGAGGAGAUGGCGCUCCAUUUGGAGAACGCGGCGGCAACCGCUGCAGCCAAUAGGAAGAGGGCAUCUGCCCAGUGCAGUGAUGUCAUCACAGACUCGCCCACCCAUAAACGCAACCGGAUGCUCUGAGUAUCCCGGAUAUCACACAUGCACACCGACUCAUACACACACGCUCAGACACAUUUCACACACGCUCACGCACACAAAUUACACACAAAACGCACACUAGAUAUUUUUCUUCACAGUCGCGGGGCCGAGCUGAUUGGAUGAUGACUGAUGCACCGGCCGGCCAAUCAACCCCUCCCAACCUGGCCCCUCCCCCUCUGUGUUGCUUCCAAAUAAAGAAACAUGUAAAUGGAAAAAAAGGCACUCAUCCCUCCUCCCUCUGUCAUCUGUCAUCCCUCCUCUCUCUGUCCUCCCUCUGUCAUCCCUCCUCCCUCUGUCAUCCCUCCUCUCUCUGUCAUCUGUCAUCCCUCCUCCCUCUGUCAUCCCUCCUCCAUCUGUCAUCCCUCCUCCCUCUGUCAUCCCUCCUCCCUCCUCUCUCUGUCAUCCCUCCUCCCUCUGUCAUCCCUCCUCCUCUGUCAUCUGUCAUCCCUCCUCCCUCUGUCAUCCCUCUGUCAUCCCUCCUCCCUCUGUCAUCCCUCCUCCCUCUGUCAUCCCUCCUCCCCUCAUCCCUCCUCCCUCUGUCAUCUGUCAUCCCUCCUCCCUCUGUCAUCCCUUCUUCCUGUGUUCCCUCCCUCAUGUUUGGCAUGACAAGGACUUGUAAUGACUGUGCUGGUAGCUCACUAGCAGCCUGUCUAGACCC